GUAUCCUGUUGCAGUGGCUCAGGUGUUUGAAGACGUGACUGCAGGCUUCUUGACUAUUUUAAGGUAAAACACACACGUCAUCUAUCACUCUGUAGUCUUCUGUAGAACAAUACUAUUUCACACAUCUUUUUAUUCUGCAGCUGAAUAAAGCUCAUUUCACACCUCAGAUCAGUUUAGAUCUGUCUAUAACAAUAGUGUGUGAUGUCAGAACAUCUACUAAAAGGAGAACAUCGUUAUGCUUUCUGAGCGAUCGUGUGACAUCCUUACAUCAUCACCCUAAAGUGUAUGUGUGUGUAGAUGUCUUGGCGUCCUGCAUACCAAGGCUCAAAGUUCCGUCACGUUUACGGAAAACCAGCCAGUAAGGGUCAGAGUUACGAUGGCCUGCCAAUCACGCACGGUGUCCAUGACAACCACUGCUGCGCCAUCAAUCCGCUCUUCAUUGCUGUGGUCACCGAAUGCGCCGGGGGCGGAGCUUUCAUCGUAAUCUCCAUACGUCAUAAAGGCCGUGUGGACCCUCAUCACCCUCGAGUGUGUGGUCACAGCGCCCGGGUUCUGGAUGUUAAAUGGGAUCCGUUUGAUGACCAGCGUAUUGCUUCCUGUUCUGAAGACUGCACGGUUAAAGUGUGGCAAAUUCCUAGUAACGGAUUGAAGGAAAAUCUGACCAAACCACAGAAGGAGCUGUUAGGCCACAUCCAGAGGGUGGGGCUUAUCGAGUGGCAUCCAACCGCAAAAGAUAUCUUGUUAAGCUCUGCCUACGAUUAUAAAGUGUGUAUUUGGUGUUUGGACCAUGUGGGUGUGGCAGUGUUGAAGACACCGGUGCUGGUGAUACACACACACACUGACCUGGUGAUGAGUGUGAGCUUCAGUGAGGACGGCAGCAGAAUUGCUACAACAUGCAGAGACAGACGAGUCCGAAUCCUCGAACCACGCACAGGACACACACUUCAGGAAUCAUGUAAUGCAUCUCAUAAAGCUAUCAAGACUCUGUUUCUGUCCAACGUGAACCUGCUGCUAACAACUGGAACUUCCAAGUGGAACCAGAGGCAGUUUGCACUGUGGGACCUGGAUGAUUUAUCUGAGCCAUUGUUGGAGGAGGAUGUUGAUGGAGGUUCUGGAGUUCUCUUCCCAUUUUAUGACCCUGAUACACACAUGCUUUAUCUGGCUGGCAAAGGAGAUGGUAAUAUUCGGUACUAUGAGGUGAGUGUGGAGAAACCGUACAUACACUUCCUGGCUGAAUAUCGUUCUCCACUUCCACACAAGGGCCUGGGUGUGAUGCCGAAACGAGGUCUGGACACGGCGCAGUGUGAAAUGUUUCGUUUUUAUCGCCUCAUUACGGUUAAAGACCUUGUGGAAGCCUUAUCCUUUAUCGUACCACGGAAGUCUGAGGACUUUCAGGAGGACAUUUAUCCGAUGACAGCGAGCAACAAGGCGGCGAUGACGGCUCAGGAGUGGCUCAUGGGGCAAAACAAAGGCCCUGUGUUGAUGUCUCUGAGACCUGUGAUCAAAGUGCAGAACCCUUACCCAGCUCCUGAGCAGGACGCUCAGCUCGAGUACUCGGGCUGCAGCCUGGACCUCCUCCAAAAACCCUACAGUGUGGAGGAACCGGCCAAUCAGACGGCAGGGCAUGCGAUUACUGACCUAUCAGAUUGGCAGGAGGAUGAAACUCAGUGGAACAGUUGGAGAGACACACACCAAGGUGUUAAGCAGUACGAAUCAGAGACGUACACACCAUGGGCUGCGGAGAAGGAGCUGCUGAAUGUGUUUUAUAAGCAGCAGGGGGAGAUCAGAUGUCUGAGGCAGCAGCUGCGUCAGCGGGACAGCAGGAUCCAACAGCUGGAGCUCGAGAUCAAGAACAUACGCAAUCAGCUGAGAGCCUCUUUCUGAUUCCGGCCCACUUAAACACACACACACACACACACACACACACACACACACACACACACACACACAGAACUAUGUAAAAAUGUAUGCUCUUAUUGUUUACUCCUACUAGAUGUGUCUUAGUGGAAUAUUUUUACAGCACAAAACACACUUCUGACACAGCUGACAAAAGUUUAUUCAGAAAACAUCACAGAAAAAAAUCAUCAGGUGAUCCACAAACUGCUGACCCACUGAUCCAUGCAUUUGCCUGGACGAAGAAAUUACAAAAAUGUUCAUUAAAAUUACAGUACAAUGAUUUUUUUUCCAACUCACAAAUCUACUGACACACACACACACACACAUCUACUGAGAUACGACUUGUGACUCUGAAUGAAUAACAAUCUGAUCCUAACGUUUGCUAUUGCUUUUAAACGUUCCACACCAACACAGCAGCACAGUAAAGCUGCUGAUCCUAAAUUUACUCCAAGAACCACAAGUAAUCUUGAGAUCCACUCAUAAUCUACAUCAUCUCCAAGUUUACUUCACUGCUCUGAUUCUCCUGAGAGCAAAUCUGUAAAUAAAUCAUUCUAAUCAGAACCAAAUCAGCUAAUUAUGUCAUUCAAUAAAAAUGUAAUCACAUUUA